ACAACAACUGUUCCUGCUACCACAGUACCUGGUUCUGCCAUCACAAUACCAACUGGAGAACCUUCCACUGUUCCUGUUACUGGUUCUACAACUACAACCACAUCUGUGGCCCCCUCAACUACCGUUUCAAGCACAACUCCAACAACUACUUCUACUACUACGACAACAACUACCACAACGACUGCACAGCUUGCAGUGGUUACAUUACAAGUCACCAUCAAUGAAGUUUUUGUACCAGCUUUGAGUAAUCCUCAAAGUCCAGAAUUUCAAACACUUGCGGUAUCCUUUACUUCAGUGUGUGACGUGAUCUAUCGAGCAAAAUAUGGGAUUCUUUUCAUCCGGACGAUUGUCAUUGCAUUCAUACCAGUGUUCCGUUCMCGUAUGGCAGCAGACACACAGGUGGAGCUGGAAGUGGUGUUCAAUGAGACCGCCAUUGCAACUAUCGCUAAUGCAACUAUGCCCAAGGACAAUGACAUUAAAGAUACACUAAAUGAGGCUGUGACCAAUCCAAACUCUACCUUCAACCUCUCUGUGGUUCCAAACUCCAUCAUUAUUAUCAGGGUCCCAAAUACAUCCACAGUUGCCACAACAAUUACAACGGCUACUCCUGUCAUCGCAACCGUUGUCACAGCUGCUCCAACCACUACAACUGCUGCUGCCACCACAACCUCUGUGGCCACAAUUACACUCACUACAGUGUCUGUGGAGUUCACGUCCAAAGGAGAGACAUUUAUCUCCGACCUAUCAACCUCAUCCUCUCAGGCCUUUCAAACUCGAGCAUCACUGAUUAAAACACAGCUUGAACCUUUCUAUCAAUCAGCUUUCACAUCAUUCAACAGUUUGACAGUGACCGAAUUCAGACAUGGAUCAAUCAUCAACACUAUGAAUUUAGCAUUUAGAUCUUCUGUCCUCAAUUCCACGAAGAUUGAGACCAUUUUAAUCAAUUCUGCACAGAAAAUCACAGCUUUCAACAUUGACACCACCAAAAUCAAGGUCAAUGGCACAGGUGGUCCUACAUCUGCUGUUCCUACUAUAACUGCUGUGGCUGGCACAACCAUCACAAAACCAACUGGAGAACCUGCCAGUGUUCCUGUGACUGGGCCUGCAACUACAACAACAUCUGUGGCCCCCUCAACUACAGUUUCAAGCACAGCAUCAACAUUAACCAUGAAGACUACCAGGACAACCACUACCUUAACACCACCUACUACAACAACAUCUGUGGCCCCCACAACUACAGUUUCAAGCACAGCCUCAACAUUAACCAUGAAGACUACCAGGACAACCACUACCUUAACACCACCUACUACAACAACAUCUGUGGCCCCCACAACUACAGUUUCAAGCACAGCCUCAACAUUAACCAUGAAGACUACCAGGACAACCACUACCUUAACACCACCUACUACAACAACAGCAAUGCCAAUAACAACCAAAACAACUGCACAUCCUGUCGUGUUUAAAUUAAAACUCACAAUUGAAGUUUUAUUUGUAACAGCAUUGACCAACCCUGGAAGCACAGAAUUUCAAACACUUGCACUAACCAUUACUUCAGAGUGUGAUGAGAUCUACCAAUCAAAAUAUGGGAUCAUUUUCAUCCAGACGAUUGUCAUUGCAUUCUUACCGGUGUCCCGACGUUCCCUUAUGCCAGCAGAAAUACAGGUGGAGAUGGAAGUGGUAUUCAAACAGAUCUCCGCAGAAUCUAGGAUGAUUAAUGACAUUGAAAAUACACUGAAAGAGGCUGUGACCAAUCCAAACUCCAACUUCAAUAUCUCUGUGUAUCCGGACUCCAUCACUGUUAUUAGGGUCCCAAAUACAUUCACAGGUGCCACCACAAUUACACCGGCUAAUCCUGUUGUCACAGCUGCUCCAACCACUACAACCUCUGUGGCCACAAUUACACUCACUACAGUGUCUGUGGAGUUCACGUCCAAAGGAGAGACAUUUAUCUCCGACCUAUCAACCUCAUCCUCUCAGGCCUUUCAAACUCGAGCAUCACUAUUAAAACAAGUGAGCCUCCUGAAGGAUGAGAAGAACAAAAUUUGGAAGGUCCUGAUGAGAGGGUAG